UUUCUUUUUUACUUUCAAUUACUAAAGUUAAGUUCUAAGAUCGCAACUCAUAUUUUCUUGCAUUUUCUCGGGAAAACAGAGCAGAAGGAAAUUGAGUAAAAUCGAGAUCGGAAUAUGGGUUUCUUGGUAACAACCCUAAUUUUUUCUGUGGUCGGUAUAAUCGCAUCAAUUUGUACCAGAAUCUGCUGUAAUAGAGGUCCAUCUGCUAAUCUGUUGCACCUAACAUUGGUCAUUACAGCAACUGUUUGUUGUUGGAUGAUGUGGGCAAUUGUAUAUCUAGCACAAAUGAAGCCGCUCAUUGUGCCCAUUUUAAGUGAAGGAGAGUGAAUUAUUUCUUCCGAAUUCAUUGUUCAUUACAUGGAUGAUUCGAUGUCUUCUCAUGUUGGCUUUGUAUGCUCUUUGAAUUGGCAUUGUGUUGGCA